UCCCACGCUUCUUUUAUUUUGGAUUUAGAACUUCAUUUUCUGUUGGAAAGCUACAAGCCAAGGAUUGCCCUGGAGUUUAGGAUGUUUUGCCCAAUAUCAGGGUGUCAUGCUGCCAUGUUACUUGGCCACUGCCUGACAAGUGUGUCAUUGCUGGGGACAUAUCACUGCGCUUGUUCCAAUUGCACAACGCUGGGCUGUUCAUUGAAAUGCCGUUGGUUGUGUAGCGCUGCAUGGCAGGUGUCAGCGCAAUGUGUAUUCCUACGCCAACCUGCAGUUGUUAUUCAGCUACAGAGCCCAGUAUCCCUGGGCAAUGGAUGUUGGCAGCAGCUGAAGGGCAGCAGGUUGGACGUCCUGUAUUAUGCAGUAAUACUCAGAUAGUCAGUAUAGGUCAAGUACCAUUUAUAUAACACUAGCAUCCUGCUGUCAGAGGAUUCUGGGAAUUGUAGUUCAGCAGUAGGUGGCUUUUUUAAUGUUUCUUAGUGUUGGAGUUGCAGCUUGAAUUUUUUUCCUAGGUGCCUUGAGCACUAAUGUAAAGUAGGCGAUUGAAUUGCUCAAGAUUGCUUUUCAGGUCGCUAUGAGUGCUAGGCAUUUUUGUAUCUCUCUAUCCCUAAUGAUGGCUGUCCGGCUAGUGCCCAGCUUGCUGAUGUGCAGUUUAUCCCAUGUGUGUGACUGUAUCCAUGAGAUCAGUUCCUUACUGCUUUCACACACGUGGACUCACCAGAUCUCAUCAGACUGGUUUUCCUUUCACUUGGGAUAUCUGGAGGGUGAGGGGGGGAGUUUUCUUUAAUCUUAAAAUAAAAUGAUCAUCCCAUACCCUCUCUCCCUUACAGUUUCAAUCCGCUUUCAGAGUAUUCAAUGCAGCCAGAGACAGGUUUGUUUAGGGAUGCCAGUCAUGCAACAACUGAUCAACAAACUACUUUUUCUGUACUGUAUCAGUGGAAGAGCAUGGCAGAGAAAAGGGAGUGUGAGCAUGCACAGCCAUCUGUGGAAUCUGAAUAAACAGCAUGUGAAAUUCAAAUAUCAAAGCUUCAGUCAACUCCGCCAGUACAGCUCAGAAGAUGAAGACGAUGACAUAGAAAUGUACGAACAUGAUUAUGAUGGCCUGUUAUCCAAAGGAAAACGGCAUCUAGGAAAGACCCGCUGGACUCGUGAGGAGGAUGAGAAACUCAAGAAGUUAGUGGAACAAAAUGGCACUGAAGACUGGAAAGUGAUAGCCAGCUUCCUGCCGAACCGAACUGAUGUCCAAUGUCAGCAUAGAUGGCAGAAAGUUUUAAACCCUGAACUUAUCAAAGGUCCAUGGACAAAAGAAGAGGACCAGCGGGUGAUUGAACUUGUGCAUAAAUAUGGCCCCAAAAGAUGGUCUGUGAUUGCCAAGCACUUAAAGGGUCGUAUAGGCAAACAAUGCAGAGAGAGGUGGCAUAAUCACCUGAACCCAGAAGUAAAGAAAACUUCUUGGACUGAGGAAGAGGAUAGAAUCAUAUUUGAAGCUCACAAACGUCUAGGGAAUAGAUGGGCAGAAAUUGCAAAGCUUCUUCCUGGAAGAACCGAUAAUGCAAUCAAGAACCACUGGAAUUCUACAAUGCGUCGCAAGGUUGAACAGGAAGGUUACCUUCAGGAAUCUUCAAAAAAUAACCAAACCUCCAUAGCCACAAACUUCCCAAAGAACAACCAUUUGAUGGCCUUCACCCACAUUCCUGCUUCUGCACAGCACUCUCAAGCUUCCACAAGCAGCUUUCCUUACUAUCACAUAGCUGAGCAUCAGAAUGCUUCAUACCCAGUAGCACUGCAUGUGAAUAUUGUGAAUGUCCCACAGCAAGCAACUACACCUAUACAGAGACACUAUAAUGAUGAAGAUCCAGAGAAAGAGAAACGAAUAAAGGAAUUGGAGCUGCUUCUUAUGUCAACAGAGAAUGAAAUAAACCAGAAGCAAGCAUUGCUGAAUCAUGCAGCAAGCUAUCCCACGUGGCACAAUACAACUAUUAGUGGCAACCCAAGACUACACGGGCAAAGCACACCCGAUUUGUGCCUAGGGGACCCACACCAUUCCACACCCUCACCACCAGUGGACCACAGCUGCCUGCCUGAGGAGAGUGCAUCCUCAGCCCGGUGCUUUGGUGUAAAUCUCUUAAUUCAGAUGAAGAACCUGCCCGAAUAUUCAGAAACACAGCUCAUAGAUUCUGCUCCUUCUUCAUGGGUUGAACACAACAGUUUUGAAAUCAAUGAACAAGAUGAUUCCUCACCCAGCAGCACUCCCUCAGGCCAAACCUCAGAAUCUGAGGAUGGAUCAGGCAGCCUCUGCAGCCCAAGGCUUGUCCCUGACAUAGAUUUAAGCGAAAGCAUGAUGUGUCAGGGCUCUCCCAGCUCCAUAAAUUCUGCAGAAGGCACCCUGUCACCGAAGAUCGUCUUGCACAAAAAGCGAGGGCGUCUGAGCUACUUAGUCAGCGAAGAGCGAGGUCUCUUCAGCCUGGCUGACAUCGGCAGUUCUACGCCUAAAUACUCCCCUAUCAAAAGUCUGUCCUUCUCUCCCUCCCAGUUCUUGAACACCUCAACGCAACACGAGAAUUUAGAAAUUGAGCAUGCAUCUCUGACAUCAACUCCAGUUUGUGCAUCUCAAAAAACUACAUUUACCACAUCCCUCCUCCGAGACCACACACCACGACUCCAGAAGGAAAAUCACCUCCUCAGAACCCCAGCCAUAAAAAGGUCCAUCUUGGACAGCACUCCAAGGACUCCUACCCCAUUUAAAAAUGCAUUAGCAGCUCAGGAAUUUAAACAUGGUCCUCUAAAACUAUUGCAUCACACACCCUUGCAUCUUGCCGAAGACAUACAGGAGGUUAUCAAGCAGGAGACUGAUGAAUCGGGCAUUGUACCUGAGCAUUGUCAUACAGAGGGACCUCUUCUAAAACGAAUCAAACAGGAGGUGGAAUCGCCCACUCACAAGUUUGGCAACUUUUACUUUUCAAGUUACUGGGAAGGAGAAAACCUAAAUGCUCAACUUUUCAGACAACAGUCUACCUUGGAUGAUACCUCAAAUAGCAUUCUUACCAGUUCUCUACUAAUGAAGCCUGUGUCUGAAAAAGAAGAUCAUAUCUUCAAAUCUUUUCCUGUACAAAGUAUUAAGUCCUUCACAAGCCCUCUGCAGCACCUCAGCGGAACCUGGGAUGUCAUGUCUUGCGGAAAGAUGGAAGAACAAAAGAUCCUUGCAGAACAAUACUGUAAAUACAUAAAAAACUUUUCCACACUAGUGAUAUGAGGAAGAAGCAGGAUCCGAACAAGCAUUAUCAAACCAUAAACACUUAACGGACACUUGGAAUUUUGUUUUACAAAUUCCUCUACAUGAAACUUUGGGAAAUUUGUUCAUGAUUGGGAGAAAUUUGUUGUGGUACAACAGUUGGGAGAAGCACCAAGUGCAUUUUUUUUUGUUUGUUUUGCUUUUUUUCCCCUAGUUGUCAACCCAGUUCUAGUUGGAUUUCAUCUGACUAUUGCUUUAUAAAAAUAUGGAUGUUAGGGGGAAAAAAAAGAAGACAAUCUUGCCUAUAAUUUAGGUGUUGCUUUUUGUAAUUUAUUUUUAUUUUUUUUCCACAAAAUUUGAAAAUAUUUUGGAGAACAAGCAAAUGCGAAUACACCAGUAUUGUUUUAUACUUGUAAAUGUUUGACUUUUUUUCAGAGCAGGCACUCUUCUGGGUUUUCCUUAGUCAACCUACAAAUUGCAUUGGCACAAAGAGAGUAGCAGCAGCAAGCAUUACUACAGUAUUUUUAUCCUGGGUAGAAUUAUUUAGGAAUCAGAAUUGUGAAUACUCAAAACAGAAGUACUGUUUUAUAUACUUGCAUAACCAUUACCCUUUGACGUGCGUGUGGAUAUUAUUAUUUUUUUUUUUAAACUUUGCUUGCUUUAAAUUUUAUUGACAGGCAAUACAGAUUUUUUUUUAUUAAAGGAAAUUCUAUUUUUAUUCAGUAAUUUAAUUUUUUUUAAUUAAAAUGCCAAAUGUUCAUUGAGUUUUUUUUGUACAUUGUUAACACCCCCCCCCCUCCCCUCCCCAUUACCCUCCCCUGCUGCUAUGACUGUAGCAUGUAGACAUGCUGGCAUUGACAAAGCACAAAAGGGAUUUGUACAAAUAAGAUCACUAUAGUGAUGUCUGCUUAAUAUGCACUAGCAUUUCAUACAUUUUCGUUUGUUUUUUUUUUUAUUUCAUUAUUCUUUUUUUUUUUUUUUUCUUUACGUUGCUUCUCUAAGAAGAGAAAAAACUAUGUGGGAGAUUGGCGCCUUGCACCUUUAGUAGUUUGGGAGAGACUGUGUUCAUGUUUUUUUUUUUUUUAUCCUUCUCUGUAAAUUUCCUCUGUGUCUGAUGUUCUGUACUGUACUGCCUUUUGUGUAAAACUUUUACAAACCCAAGAACACUGUUUUUUUAUAUAUAUUUGCUGCCUUGAAACAAUUCAGUGCAGCACCCCUGCACUUAUUUUGUACUGCCCUAUAAGAAAUAAAGUGUGUUUUUAUAUAAAA